AUGGGAGAAAUCAAGGAUGGUUGUCCUUCUUUGUUGGUUUUUGUAUUUUUUCUUUCAUUGAACAUUGUUCUCUUGGUUCAUGGCCAACUAUUGCCUAUAGUCAGUGACCGGAGAGAAAACACUAGCCAAAUCCAAACCUUCAUUGUUCACGUACUGAAGCCAGAGGGCUCAAAUUUCUUAGGUGGCGAGGGUUUAGAGAAUUGGCACAAGUCCUUCUUGCCCAACACUACUCUCGAUACAGGCGAGCCACGGUUGCUUUUCUCAUAUAAAGAAGCAAUCAGCGGGUUUGCAGCAAGAUUAACACCAGAAGAAGUAAGAGACAUGGAGAAGAUGGACGGAUUUCUGCGUGCCAAUCCGAGCAGGACACUUCACCUCCAAACAACCUAUACUCAUGACUUCCUAAACUUGAGCACUUUAUUUGGAGCUUGGUCCACAAGCAACUCUUUUUACGGUGAGGGGAUUAUCAUUGGAGUGUUGGAUACAGGCAUUCACAUGCCCCAUCCUUCUUUUGAUGACACAGGAAUGCCUCCACGCCCAGCAGGAUGGAAUGUAAGUUGUUACCUCCAAACACCUUGCAAUGAUAAAGUCAUUGCGGCACAAUCUUUUGAUACAGCUAAUAGCACCACUCCAGCAACUGACAUAGAUCAAGGUCACGGAACACAUGUGGCUGGCAUUGCAGCAGGCAACUUUGUGGAUAAUGCAGAGGUCCUUGACCAAGCUCUUGGAAGAGCAGCAGGAAUGGCGCCAAGAGCAUUUAUAUCAGUGUAUAAGGUCUGUUGGAAACCUGGAGGUUGCGGAUCAGCUGGUGUCUUAGCAGCUAUAGAUAAAGCAAUGCAAGAUGGGGUGCAUAUCCUCCAAAUGUCCUUUGGGGCACGACCUCCUAACUUGCCUACUUCAUUUACUGAGGAUGAUGUCGCUGUUGCCACGUUCUCAGCAAUGCAGAAGGGGAUCUUCCCCUGCACAGCUGCUGGUAACAAUGGCCCAGACCCAAAGACAUUGAGUCAUGCUGCACCGUGGGAUAUGGUCGUCGGUGCAACAACUACAGAUCGGAGAAUAAGAGCAACUGUGACACUCGGCAAUGGGACACAAUUCCACGGAGAAAGUGCCUACCAACCCAACAUGGUUACUAAUCAAUUUUAUCCCCUUGUUUUUCCAGGUAGCAACGGACAACAUAGUCAACUAUAUUGCUUUAAUAAUUCGUUAAAUGGCACUGAUGUUAGAGAUAAGAUUGUGAUGUGCAAUAUUGGAGGUUUAGAUAACAUCGAAAAAGGUAAAGUUGUCAGGAAUGCUGGAGGUGCUGGCAUGAUCCUUAUGAAUUUUGAAAGGUUAGGGUACACAACAUUUUCAGACGCUCACCAUCUUCCAGUAUCACAUGUGAGCUACAAAGAUGCCAUUCAAAUUAAAGAUUAUAUUAUUUCAAACUCUACACCUACAGCAAAGAUCACCUUCGGUGGAACAAUAUUUGAUAUUCACCCAUCUCCGGCAUUGGCAUACUUCUCAUCCAGAGGCCCGGCCAAGUAUAAUGGAAAUAUUGUGAAGCCAGAUGUCACUGCACCUGGAGUGAAUAUUCUAUCUGCAUGGCCACUAGAAGUUGGGCCCUUCCCAUCAGGUCUAAAAAUUAAGACAUUCAACUUUGAAAGCGGCACAUCCAUGGCCACGCCCCAUGUUUCUGGAAUUGUGGCACUUAUCAUGAGCAAGUUGAAAAACGACAACAAGCGUCAAUGGUCAACAUCAGAGAUCCAAUCAGCACUCAUCACCACAGCCAACACAUUCGACUUAGAUGGAAAACCAAUCUUUGAUGAAGCAACUUUGAACGACAGGGCCAACAUUCUCCAACGGGGAGCAGGCCAAGUCAAUGUGGCGAAAGCCAUGGAUCCCGGUCUCGUCUACAACAUUGAACCAGAUGAUUAUGUUGCCUAUCUUUGCGGAAUUUUUUCUAAUAACAGUCAAGAUGUGCAAAUCUUCACCAAAAACAACACACAAAACUGCACUAGAUCCAUCUCUGGCGAGCAACUCAAUUAUCCCUCUAUUGGCAUACAAAUGGCAUCAAGAUCAGCAAGCACUACUAUUAGCCGAACAUUGACAAACGUGGGUGAUGCUAGGGAAAUCUACAAUGCCACAUUCAUAGAACCACCAUUUGUGAGAAUCUACCUCUCUCACUACCAGCUUAGUUUUACCCGAUUAGAACAAAAAUUUACCUAUAGUAUCACAUUAACCAUGAAUGGUUCUCACCCCGGCUUAGGAGUCAUUGGGGAAGGUGAGUUGUCAUGGGUGUCCAGCAAGCAUAAUGUCACAAGUCCCAUCUACAUAGCAUUCUAA